AUGUCAACAACUUUCGGUAAUGUGUUCAGACGUGUCAACGUCAAGACGUUGUCAUUUAUAGUCGGUGCCGGUGCUCUUGCCGGUUCUGCCACUGGUACAGUGAUGGAAUAUCAAGAUAUGAGGAAUUACAACAAUCGUAAUUAUAACAAACAAAAAUUGGCUGCGUUAGCAGCUGCUCAUGUCGCAGCAAAGGAGAAAUACGACGUUGCCAAGUAUCAAAAAGUUUACAACGAUAUUGCGCUCAAGAUAAGGGACGAAGACGAAUACGACGACUUUAUCGGUUACGGACCUGUGUUAGUACGUUUAGCAUGGCACUGUGCUGGUACUUGGGAUGCAAAGGAUAACACCGGUGGUCCUUACGGUGGUACUUACAGAUUCGCGAUGGAGACCAACGAUCCGUCCAACAAUGGGUUGCAAAACGCUGCGAAGUUCUUGGAACCAAUCCACGAGAAGUACCCUUGGUUAUCUCAUGGUGAUUUAUAUAGUUUGGCUGGCGUUACGGCGAUUCAAGAGAUGCAAGGUCCCACAAUUCCUUGGAGAUCUGGUCGUGUGGACCAACCUGAGGAUACUACUCCAGAAAACGGUAGAUUACCUGAUGCUUCUAAAGAUGCGAAAUACGUGAGAUGCUUCUUCCACAGACUAAACUUCGAAGAUAGACAAGUAGUUGCAUUGUUGGGUGCGCAUGCUUUGGGUAAGACACAUUUGAAGAACUCUGGCUUCGAAGGCCCAUGGGGUGCUGCCACCAAUAUCUUCACCAAUGAAUUCUACAACAACCUGCUAAACGAAAAAUGGGACCUCAUCACUAACGAUGCCGGUAACAAACAAUACGUCAACGAUAAGGGCUGGAUGAUGUUACCAACAGAUAUGGCCUUGGUACAGGAUCCGAAAUACUUGCCUAUCGUGAAAGAAUUUGCAAACGACCAAGACACAUUCUUUAAAGAAUUCACCAAGGCCUUUGUAGUAUUACUUGAAAACGGUAUUGAUUUCCCUCAAGAAAACAAACCUAUAAAAUUCAAGACCCUUGAUGCCCAAGACUUAUAA